AUGGCCGACUUGCCUAAGGAACGCAUCCAUGCAUCACGGCCCUUUAUCGUUACGGGCAUAGACUACUGUGGACCAUUUUAUUUCAAACCCGAAACGCGUAAAAAAGCACCUCAAAAAUGCUAUGUUAGCGUAUUCAUUUGCUUCGCCACAAAAGCCGUGUGGAUGGAACUGGUGAAAGAUCUUUCAACAGGCUCGUUUCUUGAUGCACUUAAGCGCUUUAUAGCAACUCGUGGCAUACCAAGUUGCAUUUGGUCAGACAAUGCUACAAAUUUUGUUGGCGCCAAGAACGAGCUGAAGGAUUUACGCGAGCUAUUUCUUAGUGAAAAUCAUCGCAACCAAGUUCACGCUUACUGCCUUAAUAAUGGGAUAGAUUGGCGUUUUAUACCUCCUCGAUCACCACAUUUUGGUGGUCUGUGGGAGGCAGCAGUAAAAAUGGCAAAAAAGCACUUCUAUCGCUCCGUUGGUUCAUCGCUUCUUGGUUUUGAAGAAUUACGCACCUUAGUAUGUCAAAUCUCAGCAGUAAUUAAUUCAAGACCUCUUGUACCACUUUCAGAAAAUCCAGAAGAUCUUGAUGUACUGACGCCCGGACAUUUUCUUAUUGGUGGUCCUCUUAUCGCUAUUCCUGAGCCGAACCUCACGCAUCUAAACUGCAAUCGUUUAGAUCGCUGGCAGCAGGUUACCUACAUACAACAAAUAUUUUGGAAGCGAUGGAGUGAAGAAUAUCUCACUAUUCUACAACAACGAGCGAAGUGGCGUAAACCACACCCAAACAUUGCAGUCAAUGACAUCGUAUGCAUCAAAGACGAAAAUUCAGCACCUCUUAAAUGGCCCUUGGGUCGUGUUACAGAAGUUGUCACUGGAACAGACGGGGUCGCAAGAGUAGCCGUUCUUCGUACGUCUACCGGCAUGAUGCGUCGAGCUAUCAACAAACUGUGCGUUUUACCUGUCAAUGAUUCUUUUGAAAGUUAG